AUGGACACUCCUCGAUCUCUUUACAAGAUUGAUAAAGACACCCCUGGAUCAGAAAUUGCAGCAGAAACGGCCGCAGCCUUGGUUGCCUCCUCCAUUGUUUUCAGAUUCACAAACCCUCAUUACUCACAACUCGUCCUCCAACGUUCUCAAUCGCUCUUCAGUUUUGCCGAUCUAUACAAGGGCACCUACGGAGGAGAGUGUCCAUUUUAUUGCUCUGUUUCAGGCUACAAUGACGAGCUUCUAUGGGCUGCAUCUUGGCUAUACAGAGCUACCAAAUCCUCAUAUUAUUCCAACUAUAUUAUCCAGCACGACGAUGUAAAGGCAUAUGUUAAUGAAUUCAACUGGGACCUCAAAUAUGCUGGAAUUCAAGUGCUUUUAACAGACUUAUAUUUCCAACGGGAAGCUCAAUUCUCAGACUAUAGAAGUAAUGCAGAACGCUUUGUUUGUUCACUUCUUCCAGGAAGUCCCAUUCGUUCUGUUAAAACCACCCCAGGAGGGGGAGGGCGGAAAGGAUGGAUCUUGGGACUUCCUGAUUCCUCUAAGCCAAAUGGAAAGGAUCCGGUGGAUGGGAACCCAAAAGUUGGUGACAAGCCUCUCGAUCCUGAUAGGGGGAAUGGAGAAUCACGUGCUAGACACAACCCAAGGAAGGGACUUGUUUGUAGGGACAAUGGUCAAUCGUAG